AUGCCACCAAAGAGACGAGCUGCAUCUGCUGCCAAGGCUGGAGGAAAGAAGGUGAAAGAGGAGGCGCCUGAGACACCGAAGCCCAAAGAUGCCUUCACCUCUGCUAAAGAGGCCCUUCUGGCUGCAGGGCCACAAGUUAAAGGCAAGAGGAAGGUGGAUGAGCACUGUUCUCUGUCAUCCUCUGGAGGAGAGGUAUAUGAGGACUAUGACUGCAUGCUCAAUCAGACAAACAUUGGACAUAAUAAUAAUAAGUUUUAUGUCAUCCAAAUCAUUAAAGAAAACAACAAAUACUAUUCAUGGAACAGGUGGGGUAGAGUGGGGGAAGUGGGGCAAAGCAAACUUAGCCCGUUCGAUAAAGCUGAGAACGCUGUGAAGGACUUUGAGAAAAAGUUUAAGGACAAGACGAAGAACAACUGGAGCGACCGGACGGAUUUUGUGUCUCAUGCGGGGAAGUACACCUUGAUAGAGGUGGAUGGAGAUCAGGAUGCUGAGGUCAUGGUGGACACUGUCGAUGGGAAGGCAGUCAAAGUAUCGAGAAAUGUCCUGCCUUGCACCCUUGAUGAAGCUACACAGGCCCUCAUCACACUCAUUUUCAGCAAUGACAUGUUCAAGGAGGCCAUGGAAUGUAUGAACUUAGACAUCAAAAAGAUGCCUUUGGGCAAGCUCAGUAAGGUGCAGAUUGCAAAGGGCUUUGAAGUUUUGGAGGAAAUUGAAGCAGCUAUUACCCAAAAAGGCGGAAGACGACGUCUGGAAGAACUUUCGUCAAAGUUCUUCACCACAGUCCCACACAACUUUGGCAGGAACAGACCGCCAACCAUUGACAACAACGAGAUUAUUGAACAGAAAAAAGAGAUGCUUAUGGUGCUGGCUGACAUUGAGCUUGCCCAGACUCUGAAGUCAGAAACUGAGAAGGCUCAGGAAGAGAUGAUAGAAACAGUUCCUCAUCCUAUUGACCAAGACUACACUUCUCUCAAAUGCAGGCUCAGUCUAGUCGACAAGAGCACCAAAACAUUCAAGAUCAUAGAACAAUAUCUGAAAGCAACUGCAGGUGACUAUCGUAAACCGAAAAUUGUCAACGUUUGGGAAGUUGAUCGAGAAACAGAGGGAAUGCGCUUUAGCGAGAACAAUGAUCUGGGAAAUCGCCGUCUGCUGUGGCAUGGUACAAACAUAGCGGUGGUGGCUGCUAUCCUGAAGAGCGGUCUGAGGAUAAUGCCUCAUUCAGGAGGCCGUGUGGGUUGCGGUAUCUAUUUUGCAUCCGAAAACUGCAAGUCUGCAUGUUACGUGCGCACUUGUAAAAAUACUGGAGUGAUGUUUCUGAAUGAGGUAGCCCUUGGCAAAGAGCAUACCAUUACCAGAGACAACGGUUCCUUGAAGAAGGCUCCUGCAGGCUAUGAUAGUGUGGUAGCACGAGGCCAUGUGGAACCAGAUCCCUCCAAGGAUGUGUUCAUCACCCUGGAGGGAAAGAAGGUUGCUGUGCCUCAGGGUAAGCCCAUAGAGCAGCCCCAGUUUUCAAACAGCUCCUUCGGAAACAGUGAAUAUCUCAUCUACAAAGAGAGCCAGUGUCGCAUUCGCUACCUGCUGGAGCUGCUCAUGUAUUGAUCAUUCAAAUCAAAGAAAGAAGCAGGUCCUUUGAAAACAAAAAGUUCCUCAUUGCUUCUUUGUAAUGGGCUUCCUACUAUGCUUGGAUAUGCUGUUUUCUUAUCUAAAAUGGCUACUGUCUUUAUUAUUACAAUGAAUGUGUAGAUGUUUCUUCUACAAAGAUGCAUAAAUGACUAAUUCUUUUCUGUGCCUUAUGCUUAUUACAUUUGUGAUUGACUGUACUUCUUUCGCACAUACUAACAAGCUGUCAUGACUGUUUCCUUUACCAUGAUUAAAUGGUAGUUUGCACUAGCUGCUGCUGAUUGCUAAAUAUCUGAAAGGCAUUUUAUUUGCACACUUUUGCUUUUAAAUUGCAUACUGCACCUUGUCCCUUUAUAUUGGGAUCUCAGUUCUGGUUUCAGUAACUUGCUUUUUAAACAUGACUUGUUUAAUCAUUGUGGUUUUGGAAAAGACAGUGCUAUUCAUCAGGGAGAAGAUAUCGUGGAUAUUUAGUGAGGGUUGCCGCAUGCCUUUGCAGUUAUAUAAACAUUUUAAAUAAUACUAUCACAUGGCAGAAGCAAAACAUAUAUCCUAUGCACAUACAUGACAACUGAAGUUGUAGUUAAUGUUCAAGAACUGUUACAAAUCUAGUAUUUUCUUGAGCCGUUUAGAAAAACGGACAGUCCUUGUGAGUAAAACAGUGAAUAAGUCAUGAACAGCUUUGUCUUGCACAUUCGGCCUUUCAGCUCCAGCUGAAAUGUAACCAUGUGGUGUCAGUAAUGAGCAAGUUCCUUUGAAAUGAAACUGCCUCAGCAUAUUUGCACUAUGGCAUUACUUGAACCCAUGAUUAAUUAAUAAACAAAUUUUUCCCUGCA